CGGAAAGCUGUGGAUGGGUGUGUGUCCGAGAGAAAAGCUAUCUUCCUGAAGGCGCCAACACAACGGAGUAAAAGUCAGCUUGCACCAACCUUGAGUCUUCCUAUCAUUUUGUCUCUGGUCGAACAUAUCUUGGCACCAGCACCAUGGGCGUCUGGUCAUAUUUCAAACCUGGGAAAAAGGCCGCCGGCGCCGAUGCCAGUCCUGCUGACGCUACCAACUCAACACCCACCAGCACCGGACCAUUGGACAAUGCAGAAUCACUCAGCGGGAAAGAUUCAUUAUACUCUAACGAUGUUCAACGGGAUAUCAUACUCAGCUACCUUUUCCAGAGACAAUGUACCAGCAUGUGGAUACAAGACGUGGCCGGCACGAAUGAGGGUGUCAUUUUGAAGAACUCCCGCAAUGACUUUCUCACUAUGCCUUUGACGCUGAAAGGUUCGCUAUUGCAACAGGCAGUAUCCGCUCUGAACACCAAGGCUGCAAUGACUGUGAAGAGCCGCCUUGUCUUCACUCUCGUCCAGCGCCUCAGCGAUGACGAGACCGGUAUUCCUGUUCGGGAUAAUCAGAGAAUCCAAGUUGUCAACGAUUUUAUCGAGCUGUCGAGAGCGCGCAAGCACCAAUAUGCAGCGUUUGUGCGCAGCGAAGGCCUUCUCGUGGUCUGGGAUGACGAUCCAUCGAACCUCAUACAGCGCGUCGAAUCAAUCGAAUCGGAUCUUCUAAGAGUGGUCUGGGGAUUGAGUCGCAACAUCGAGGAAGAGAAGACAGCUUUGAUCUCAGUGACUGCUUCAGAUGAAGAGUUGCAAGCUGGAGAAGAGUCAAGACCGACAAGACUCUAUUGGUCGAUAAUGAGUGGAUGCACACUUUGCUUGUUGACUGUGCUCUUCGGCAGAAGGCUGCAGAACACUUUCAUUCAAGUGGCUACUCUAGGCAACUAUUCAUCGCUCGCAUUCCUGGCCUUGACACCCAUCAUAGUUCUGUUCAGUUUGUUCUUCGCCUUCGUCAUUGUUGGCUUCUUCUUCCGAUUAGUAGGACCGGUCAAACAGCUUCACGAAAACUCGGAGACUUUCUCCGCGAUCAAGUCACCUCGAUUGACGAGCAAAAACCUUCCACAUGUCACGAUCCAAUGCCCAACCUACAAAGAAGGUCUCGAGGCAGUCCUGAAGCCGACUGUAAGCUCGUUGAUGAAGGCUAUUUCCACAUACGAGCUGCAAGGUGGCUCAGCCAACAUCUUUGUGAACGACGAUGGGCUCCAAUUACUGGAUGAGGAACAGCGCCAUAUUCGUACUCAGUUCUAUGAAGACAACAACAUUGGAUUCGUGGCAAGACCAGCACAUAACCCCAACGGCACAGGCUUCGUCCGCCGUGGCAAGUUCAAGAAAGCGUCCAACAUGAAUUACGCGAUGGACUUCUCAAAUCGCAUCGAAGACAAGCUGCAGAAUGUGGAUCGUGACGAAAAGUGGACAACCCUAGACGAGGCUGCUGCCUAUGAACAAGCGCUCCAAGAAGUGCUCAACGAACAACCGGAAGAUCAGCCCAAAGGCUGGGCAUCGGGAAACAUUCGCAUAGGCGACUACAUCCUUAUAAUCGAUUCAGAUACGAGGAUUCCGGAAGAUUGCCUUCUCGACGCGGUUUCCGAGAUGGAGAUUUCUCCCGACGUGGCAAUUAUCCAGUUUUCUUCUGGAGUAAUGCAAGUCUCCCACGAUUUCUUCGAAAAUGCGAUGAAAUUUUUCACGGACUUGAUCUACACGAGUAUCAAAUUUGGUGUCGCUGCUGGCGAUAUUGCCCCAUUUGUUGGUCACAAUGCUCUUUUGCGAUGGUCGGCGCUACAACAUGUCGCAUUCGAGGACGAAGAAUCGACGCUUCCCGAGCUCUACUGGUCAGAGAGCACUGUGUCUGAAGACUUCGAUAUGGCACUUCGCCUGCAGAUCGAAGGGUACCACCUCCGAUACGCGUCCUACUUUGGGGACGGAUUCCAAGAAGGUGUCUCUUUGACAGUGUACGACGAGCUCACUCGUUGGGAGAAGUACGCCUACGGAUGUGACGAACUCAUGUUUCAUCCUCUCAAAUACUGGCUUUUCCGAGGACCGCUCACGCCACUGUUCAGGAAAUUCCUCGCAUCGGAAAUGCCUCUAUCUUCCAAGAUCAACGUUAUUGCCUACUUGGGAACAUACUAUGCUCUGGGCGCUGCGUGGGUGUUCACAUUGGCUAACUACUUUGUUCUCGGACUCUACAACGGCCACUACGAUACGUGGUAUGUCGACAGUUGGCAGAUCUUCAUCAGUAUACUUUUCGUCUUCGCUAUCGCGGCCAACUUCGGUCUUGCCGUCUCACGUUAUCGUUCCGGAGAAAGGGAAUUCCUGCCGGCCCUGUUCGAGAGUUUCCAAUGGUGUUUGAUGUUCCUGGUUUUCUUUGGCGGCAUCAGCUUCCACAUUAGCCAGGCACUCCUCUGCCACCUUGUUGGAAUCGAUAUGCAGUGGGGCGCAACGGCGAAAGAAGUGACACGCACAAACUUUUUCAUCGAAGCACCCAUAGUGCUCCGAAAGUUCAAGUACAGCAUGAUCUUCUGUUGGUUCAUGAUCGUUGCUAUGAUCAUCAUGGCUCUCGGGCCUUUCAUUCCCUGGUCAUGGAACAUCACGGAAUUUACAGCCAUAUUCCCCUUGGCCCUGAUGCUGGUGUGCCACAUACUCAUGCCGAUCGUAUUGAAUCCUGGUUUGCUGGCGUUUACAUGGUAAUGCAACAAAUCCGUAGAACAGGCAUAGAAACGAUGGGCAAGACACGCACAUUCGAAUGAAUUCAUGAUCCUAUACAACUCUAAUACCGUUUCUCAAUUAGAUUCUCGUAUCUUAUUUCCCCG